AUGUUGUUAAAAAAUGCUCCAAUUGUUUGUAUUUUUAUAGACAGUCAAUGUGCAGUAAAAGCUGAUGGAAAAUACUUGAUUCCUGAUGUGUUUGCUUACUUGCAGUGUUCAUCACAACAAGGAGGCUAUGUAAACUGUCCAGAUAAUCAAAUUUUUGAUCCAAAAUAUAGUGAUUGCAAGGAUGCUAAAGACUAUAAUUUGAACAACUUUUUUACUAAUAAACCUGAUGGUCAAUAUCGCAACCCUUGGAACUGCCAUACUUUUAUUUCUUGUUCUAAUGGUAUAUCACACAAUAUGGCUUGCGCAGCACCAGUGUUAGUUUACGAUCCUUAUGACAAUCUCUGUGAAUAUCCUUCACUUUUUCCAUGUCGCACUGUUAAAAUGAGUGAGUAUCAUAUAGAGAUCUUAAUGGAGAACCCAUGUGCAGGAAAAGCUGAUGGAAACUAUUUGAUUCCAGAUGUGUUUGCAUACUUGCAGUGUUCAUCACAACAGGGAAAGACUUUACCCUGUCCAGCCAAUCAAAUUUUCGAUCCAAUAUACAGCAGCUGCAGAGAUGCUGGGGAAACUAACUUUAACAAUUUUUGUAUAGGAAAACCAGAUGGUCAGUAUCGCAAUCCAUGGAACUGCCAUAGUUUUAUUUCUUGUUCUAAUGGUGUUUCACACAAUAUGUCUUGCCCAGUAUCAAACUUAGUUUAA